UCAUGUGUAAUAUUUAAGAAGAUUAUAAUACAAGUGUAAUUUGAUCACAUUGAAAGCAUAAGUUACUAGAGAAUUGUUUUACAAAUUACUCUCUGAUGAUAAAAAGAGAAGAAUAGAAGAAUGCUAUUGAGCGAUCACGUUUCGACGAAUACGAUGACACGCAAUGGUGAUAGUUUCUAAUCAAAGUAUAGGAUAGAUCGUUUAUCGAAACUCGAUCGUCAUCUAUUGAUCGCUCUAUCUGUUAAAGGCGUGCAACAAAUGCUCUACCUCUUCUUCGCAGUGUAAAUUUAAUUUUUAACGAUCAUUGUUGUUAAUAACGUUAGUGUGAAACAUUUUAUUUGUACAAUGCGAGUGCAAAGUUGUUGAACGUAGAAAGUACGAUUCUACCUCGUUGAAAUGUCGAAAAUUUUUAGUACCUAUAAGUACAAAUUCCUGGCUUCUUCUAAGAAUUUCUGGUAAGUUAAUUGUAUUACCGAUCGCCAUCGUAAAUCAUCUAAAUACAUUUAUUAUUCGGAUUAGCUGUAAAAAGGAGAAGCUUUAUUUUAUUCUAAGCAAGCUUUAUAUUAUCGGUGAAAUUAUAUGGUGUCUUCAAAUGAUAGCAAGUUACGUAUUCUAAUAGAAUUGAACGGUGAGUCAAUCCUCUCUUUUAUCGUUCCUUUGUUGAUAAUUCCUUACAAAGCGAAUGUGACGGGGUCGUGCGUCGGUCAAAUGACCAUUCGUUUAUUUCUUCCUUUGUUCGAAGUCUAUUCUUCCUGCAAGGCUAUGAAUAAGGAAAAAUUGAUAAAUCAUUUCUAAUUCGACGCGGCUGGGGACACGAAGAAAUGGUACACUCCAAAAACUUUGUCGAUAUAAACUGGAACACGCCUUUCUCUUUUGCUCACGCGGUAUCUGAACUGUUCUCAGCAACAUGUAUCUAGUUCCAUUGAAGCAUGCGUUUCCGUGCCAUUCUAAUCUCAUAUCCAAAGUGCUACGUUCUUAAUUAAUUUUUCCUAAUUUUGCUCUUUCGAUUUCCUUCCAUCAGUUCAUUCGUCAGAAUUUUGUCAUACGAAUUCGUUUCAAAGGAAAGUGAUUUUGCAAAGGACAAGGAAACGAGAUUAAGAUUUGCGGUUGGCCGCAGUUCUGUAAUUUGUUUAGCGUUAAAAAAAGAGAAGAUUUGCGUCAUAUCUUUAUGCAGAUUCAACAGGUUCUUAGUUGCUUGCAAUUUAAUUAUAAUAUUGUUUAUUUCCGAUAGUGACCGGUUAAGAGAUAAAAAGAUUAUGGAAAGUACACGUAUUUCGAGAUAAAUCAAAAUGUGUCCGCGAGGUGCAUUUCAGGUUUCGAAUGGAAACAGAUAAAGCGGGAAGCAUGAUAAGUACUGUUUUCUUAAUAUAACGAAUAUCUCAUUGACAAGGACUACACCUCGUCAAAGAACUAAGAAUAAUUAUCAGUUAUAUCGUGUAAUCAGGGCCGGGCCUGAGAUUUCGGGGGUCCGAGGCGUAAUCCGAAAAAGGGCCCCUUCGCAUAUAUUUAUUUAUUAUUUAUUAAAAUUCGCACUAGUACAGCAUGUCCAUGGUUAGGAAUUGGGCCAGACUGAUAGCCACUAACUCGCUGAUUCCAUACGUGAUAAUGACAAAAAAAAGUACCUCAAAUAUAAUUUAUAAAAUUAACAUUGAAGCUUGUAUAACUAAUUAAGUAAAUUGCACUCUUCUUGUGCAAUUUACAAUAUAUAGAUUUUUUUUUCGGAUGUAGAAAGUAAAUAUUUGUAAUGACAAUGUUGAAGAGAACAUCGUUUAGAGCUCGUGUACAUACAGUUGUCGCUUCUACAUUACUUGGACGUUUGAACAGAUAAUGAACAGCAAAAUAAACACCGUUGCUUGUUUUCUUCGGCUGCUUUGUAUAAAAGAGUCGUCAAAGCGAACUAAUUAUCGGUACGUUUAUGUCGAGGACUCGAUAACGGAAGGUAGUUCCGUCCGGUCGUAACUCUUUACAAAUUCCGGCUAUUGUGCGACGAAAGAAAUCAGUGUCAAAAAUCAUGCAACCUGUGAAUUGAACAAUGAAUCGAUUGAAAAUUAAGUUUACCCUCCCUUUCGUACACCGACCAACAUCUGCGCGGCGUAAGCCUAAUGUUUAUCAGGAAUCCUCCUCCAGGGAUGAGAAUACGAAACUCAUAGGGGAUGGCGAGGAGGAUGCAGAUUGCGAGGACACCGCUCCUUACGUUCUCCGAACGCAAGAGAUAAAGGAUUCUUCGAAUACCACCCCGGUGAAGAUUAAUAUCGAAGGUAUGAGAUGUCAGAGCUGCGUGAAGAACAUAGAGGGAACCAUCGGAGGUCGUCCAGGGGUUGCAAAAAUCAAGGUAGUCCUGGAAGAAAAGGCUGCUUACAUCGAGUAUAAAACAGAGGAAAUUACGGUCAACCAAUUGAUUGAAGCCAUAGAAGAUAUGGGAUUCACGGCUUCUUUGGGUGGCGAUGAGAAUAGUUCCUUGCAGCCCAGCGUUAGUUCUUGUAGCAUACACGUUGAUGGAAUGACUUGUAUGUCUUGUGUCAAAAGCAUCACAGGUGUUCUGUCGGAAAAAUCUGGGAUAAAAGAGGUGAAUGUCAGCUUGGAAAACAAAGAAGCUAAAGUUUCCUACAGUAACAACGAUGUUACGGCUGAACAGAUAGCAAAAUACAUUGAGGAGAUGGGUUUUACUGCUUUCGUUAAAGAAAUAAAUGGCAAGAGUCUUGAGGCCACCACGGAGGUGCCAUUGAAAAAUAAUAAUGUAGAAAAUGGUGAUAUCUCGCUUCAGAUAAAUGGCGGAGGUGACCUGAAAGCUCAGAGUCAAUUAACUAAAUGCUUCUUACAUAUAACGGGCAUGACUUGCGCUUCCUGUGUCGCUGCCAUAGAGAAGCACUGUAAAAAGUUGUAUGGCGUGCACAGUAUCUUAGUAGCAUUGAUGGCAGGUAAAGCGGAAGUCACGUUUGAUCCGAGUAAAAUAAGGGCGAUUGAUAUUGCUGCCAGCAUAUCCGAACUGGGCUUUCCAACCACCUUGAUCGAGGAACCGGGGACUGGAGAGGGAGAGAUCGAAUUGAAAAUUAUGGGUAUGACAUGCGCGUCUUGCGUGAACAAAAUAGAAUCAACGGUGAAGAAAUUACCAGGUGUUCUCACAGCUGCGGUUGCUCUGGCAACUCAGCGUGGUAAAUUUAAGUACGACGUAGAGAAAAUUGGUAUUAGGGACAUUAUCGAAUGUAUUAACAAAUUGGGUUUUACCGCGACACUGUUUAGUAAUAAAGAUAAGGAAAAUAGGGACUAUUUGGAUCAAAAGGAAGAGAUAAAUAAAUGGCGAGCAGCAUUUUUAGUGUCUUUAAUCUUUGGCAUACCAUGUAUGCUAGCUAUGACUUAUUUUAUGGUAGUUAUGUCUGUUGGCGAGAAGACGCACGAAGAUAUGUGCUGUAUAGUACCUGGUCUUUCUUGGGAAAACUUAAUUCUUUUUAUAUUUUCUACGCCGGUGCAGUUUUUUGGUGGCUGGCAUUUUUACGUUCAAGCGUACAAGGCUUUGAAACAUGGCACAACCAACAUGGAUGUUUUAAUUUCAAUGACCACCACGAUAUCUUAUUUGUAUUCGGUUGCCGUACUUACAGCAGCUAUGAUAAUGCAGGAACGCGUUAGUCCUCAAACAUUUUUUGAUACUCCUCCUAUGUUGUUAGUAUUUAUUAGUUUAGGAAGAUGGUUGGAGCACGUUGCAAAGGGCAAAACAUCGGAGGCUCUGUCAAAGUUGUUGUCGUUAAAGGCAACGGAUGCUGUUUUAGUUACUCUAGGUCCUAACAAUGAAAUAUUAUCUGAACGUUUAAUCAGCAUAGAUUUGGUGCAACGAGGUGACGUGUUGAAGGUAGUACCAGGUGCCAAAGUUCCCGUUGACGGUAGAGUUCUCUCAGGACAGUCUACCUGCGACGAGAGCCUGAUAACCGGAGAAAGUAUGCCAGUGCCGAAAAAGAAAGGGUCAGUUGUGAUUGGUGGUUCGAUAAAUCAGAAUGGCCCGUUAUUAAUUACUGCCACACACACAGGAGAACAUACGACGUUAGCACAAAUAGUGCGAUUAGUGGAAGAGGCGCAAACGAACAAAGCACCUAUACAACAUUUAGCUGAUAAAAUAGCCGGUUAUUUCAUCCCUCUUGUCAUAGCUGUGUCUAUAGUGACAUUAUUUAUCUGGAUCGUAGUGGGAUAUAUAAAUAUAAACAAGUUACCGAUUUCGCACAAUGAUCAAAUCAAUACACACGGUAUGAACAGGGAAGAGAUAAUAUUUCAGUACGCUUUUCGAAGCGCACUUUCCGUCUUAGCGAUCGCGUGCCCGUGCGCGUUAGGAUUAGCCACGCCAACAGCUGUGAUGGUCGGUACCGGUGUCGGGGCGCUGAAUGGUAUUUUAAUAAAGGGUGCUGAACCCUUGGAGAACGCGCAUAAAGUUAAAUGUGUCGUAUUCGAUAAAACUGGUACCGUCACGCACGGUGUGCCGAUGGUAACAAAAAUUAGCCUCUUCGCGAGUGAAAAGAUUUGUUCAUUAGCGAAAUUUUUAGUUAUCGUUUGUACGGCUGAAACGAACAGCGAACAUCCAAUUGCAUCAGCAAUUGUCAAGUUCGUAAGAGAAACAAUUGGUUCCGAAGCGACCGGACAAUGUACAAACAUUCAAGUAGUCGCUGGCUGUGGACUCAAAUGUAAAGUAUCUCACAUUUCGACGCCUCUGAGCACCGCUUUAAAGUCGGAAAAGAUUAUCAACUAUGUGAAUCAAGUGAAAAGAUCGUCUUCCGGAACGUUCACCUUAAACGACGUGUCUAUCGACAUUAUAUCGAUUGCCAGUUCAAGUCAAGAAAGACAGAACAUAGAUUUGGAAUUAUUGCUGAAUCCAGAUUCCCAUGGUGAUCAAAUUCAUUCUGACGAUGUGUACGAAAUUUGUAUCGGUAACAGGGAAUGGAUGCGACGAAAUGCGGUUAAUAUACCUUCAGAGGUAGAGUCGAAGAUGACGAGUGAAGAAGAUUUAGGUCAUACUGCAGUUUUAGCAGCAGUAAACAAUGUAUUAGUGGCAAUGAUCAGCGUUGCAGACACAGUCAAGCCAGAGGCUCAUCUGGCAAUUUAUACUUUGAAGAAGAUGGGUUUAGAAGUUAUCCUCUUAACAGGAGAUAAUAGAAAGACUGCCGCUUCUAUUGCUAGACAAGUUGGUAUUACUAGAGUAUUUGCCGAAGUGUUACCUUCGCAUAAAGUUGCAAAAAUUCAGCGCCUACAAGAUCAAGGCUACAGAGUCGCGAUGGUAGGAGAUGGUGUAAAUGAUAGCCCCGCUCUUGCUCAAGCAGAUGUUGGUAUUGCGAUAUCUUCUGGUACGGAUGUUGCUGUGGAAGCUGCCGAUGUAGUUCUUAUGCGAAAUGAUCUUUUAGAUGUCAUUGCGUGCCUGGAUUUGUCGAGGAAAACAGUUCGUCGAAUUAGAUUGAACUUUUUAUUUGCUAGUAUUUAUAAUCUGUUGGGUAUUCCUAUUGCUGCUGGAAUUUUUAGUUCUUUUGGAUUCUUUUUACAACCCUGGAUGUCAUCUGCGGCGAUGGCACUAAGUUCUGUAUCCGUGGUUGGAAGUUCCUUGUUACUCAAAUUUUAUCGUAAACCAACAAAGGCAACUUUGGAGACCCCAGAAUAUUUAGCAGCGAUGCGCGCUCAUUCGACAGCAAGAAUGGUAGAUCUGGACACGAUAUCUCUUCACCGUGGUUUAGACGAUUCGGUAAUGCCGAUUAUGCACAGAUCAACGUCGACGUUGUCCAGAUUAUUCAGAAAAUCUAAAGACGAUUUAGAAGGUCGGCUUCUUGGUGAAGACAUAGAUGAAAUUGACUUGGUAACAGAUUUCUCUGGUUAUCGAAAAAACGUAAAGAGCGAUACAAAUAUAACGCCGUGUUGACACGUAAGAAUGUUUUUUUUUAAAUAUUUAAUUUAUCCAUGUACAUUCUCUGUUAAUGAUAUAAUGACUUGACAUAAGAUUAACGUUUACAAACUUUUUGCCAUGAUCAUCUACCAGGAGUUAAAUUUUUAAUCAAGAAAAAUAUGAAGGAUGACAAUAGUGUUUUGCACAUUCGUAUCUUAAUUCUUCUUCUUUUUUUAAGGCUUAUUAAUAGUAUUAUAAAUGUUUACGUCCUUUUAUUAACUAAAAUGAAACUAAUAAUUUUCUUUUAUUUUAUGUUUUAUAUUUAAACCAUUUCAUAUUAUAACAAUAAUGAGUAUUCUAUUAAAAAAUGACAAUACAGUACUAUAUAUAAAUAAUAAGUAUUACAACGAGUGAUAGAUAAAAUGUUUCUUGGGACCAUACUUUGGUUUAGUUAUGCAUAAAUAACUUAACAAUAUUUUCAAUCUUUAAAAAUCAAACAUAUAUUGUUUGUUAUAAAUACGUAACAAAUAUUCACGGCUUAACUAAUUAAAACUCUUACAUACAGUAUACAUUGCCUAAUAGACUGUGUCAAAUUAGUUUAUAUAGUUAUAAAUGUUCGUAAAAUAUAUUUUUUCAUUAAAAUGUAGAUUGAGAUAUUUAUAAAUAGGAAAAGAUUGUAUAGAAUACAGCAUAUAUUAUAAUAUUACAUUUCUUUUGUAUUUAAAGGUAUAUGUAUUUAAAAUAUUUUUGGACUACCUGAGAAAGGUAUUAAAGUUUUGUAUAUACUUAUGCUCAUUGUGUACAAUGUAUUUAAUUUACGAAUGUAUAUUAACUAUACUAAUAUGUAGUUAAUAAUUUAUAUGUGUACAUAUGUAUAUUUUAUUUUAGUUAAUUCAGUAGUUUUUUUAUAUCCUUAUAAAACUUUAAGAAGAUAACUGUUUAACAAUAUUAGGACAAGACAAAGCAAGUGUAUUUGAUUCUGUUAGAUCAUCAGAUAUUGUAUCUGAAUUUGCGAAAUAAGGAUUAAAAUCCUGUUGAGUAUUGAUAUUUUCAUUAAAUUCGUGUAUCAAGUCCUUUUUGCCACUCGUAAAAGGAUAUGUAUUUGUAUGAAUGGGCAAAUUAAUAUUACCCUCAUUUUCGAUAUAAUUUUUAAUCAACGACAUUUGAGAGGCAGUCAUAGAAUUAUUUACAUUAUAGCAUGAUUUCAAGCCAUUAGUGUGAGGGAUGCACGGUACCUGUGCAUUUUUGUAGAGUAGAUUAUUAUUUUCAUCCGUGUUCCAUUUAUUUAAACAAAUAUCAUUGCAAAAAUCUGAAUUCAACUGCAAGUCAUUAUAUUGUAAUAUACUGUAUAUAUCAUUUUGCUGUGAAAUCUCACUAUUAUUUAAAUUUCCGUAUUGUAAAUUUGAAUCAAAUAUAUUAUAAAGUAAAUUUUUCUUUGUGUAUUUAUAAUUAUGAUGUUCUGUUGCUACAUUUUCAGUACUGACAAUAUUCAAAUCUGAUUUUAAUUGGUUAAAAUUCUGAAUAUCAUUCAAUACAUUAAUGUUAUUUUGAUACAUUUGUACAUCAUGGUUUGUAAACAUAUGGUUACAGUUGCUAUUGUUUAAAGGAUUGCAAUCAACAGAAAGACACUUAUUCUCAGUUAAGCUAUCCAUAUUACUUGUUUCAGAAAUCUCAAUACUUUGUGGUAGAUGACAUUUUAAAUUUGAUUGUGUACUUUCACACACACUUACAUUUUCUUUCAUAGGUUGAAUUUCAUUAUCAGUAUUGCAGUAUGGAUUUAUAAUUGUAUUUGUAGUGUUUUUAGGAUGUACUUUGUCAGUAUUAUGAGUAGGUACAUAUUGCAUUUGAUUAUAAUACUGGUUUUCAUUAAUCACAUCACAUGUGUUGUCUGAGAAAUUUGUAAAUUGUGGCAAAGUUGUAUUAGCUCUAUAAUGUCCAUCUGACUUGUAUUUCACAAAUAACAUUUUUAAUUCAUCCUGUGUUAAUGUUGGGCAAUUUAGAGACUGUUUGAGGAUCAGAUCCAAUUGCUGAAUUUGAUAAUCAUACAAUUCUUUGUUACAUUUUAAGAGCAUAUUUGAGACAUUUAACUUUUUAGUAGUUUUCUGAGAUGUAUUUUUUUGUUUAAUUAGUUGUUUCCCAUUUUUCUUUUUAGGAUGUUGUAAUACAUUAUAUCCUCCUUUUUUCUUAAUACUCUGUAAGUAUAUGAUUUAUAUUCAAUCCCAAUGUUUGUGGUCAAUAAUAGAAUUUAUAAAUAAUAUUAAUAUCUUACCUUUUUCUUUUCUUCUAAUGUAAUUUUGACAUUCUUUUCUUCAUUGGUACUUGCUGAUAUCUUUGAUUCCUUUUCUCUUUUCGUUGUAUUGUUAUCUGAAAUCAACCAGAGAUUUGUAAGAUUAAUUAGUUACUACUUUGUAUUAUACUGUUUAUAUAAACAAAGAAUUUUUCUAUUAAAAAACAACUUACUUUUUGACAUACUGAAUUUCAAAUAAUAACCCACGUGUAAUACGGAUGCUAUAUAGGUACGUUUCUCGCUAGCAGGCCUCUGUUAUCUCGUCAUUCGUUUAGAAAAUUGAAAUAUUCGGUUUAGAAAUUAUUUUAAUUUAAUUAAUAUAUUUAAAAAUAUAUUACUAUCUAUUUUGCAUCACUGAUUCGACCAGUUGUGAUUUUUCUAUAUCAUUGUCGAAUCAUUGAAAUUGUGGUAACGCUUUGUCACUUCGUGAAUUUAGUGAAUUUUUUUUAAGAACGAUAUUCAUUUAUUUUCCCUAACAUUUUCAUCCUAUUAAAAUGACGAGAAAAGGAAAAUGACGACUUAUAGAGGUUUUACUAUCUCAGUAUAAAAAUAAAAAAUAUUCAAAUUCGAAAUUACAUAUUAAUACACCUUUAAAAUAAAAGGGUCUUUUGUAGGAAGGGUAAGAAAAAUUUGCCAUUUCAUACAAAAUCAUGUAAUUGGUAUUUCAUAUAAUUAGUAUUAGUAAAAAACAUAAAUAUGGAUUAUAAAAAAUAAUAUAAAACACUGUUGGUUUCAUCUAUAACAAUUAAGGCACUUGCUUUUUUCUUCAUGAUCAUACCUAAAAAUACAUAAACAAAAAUCAUACUCUUGUCUUUCAAAUAUAAAGUGAGAGAUAAAGAACAACUUACACAGGUAAAGAACAAUUCUGACAAAACAACUCUGAACAACUAAUACAUUCUAAGAGACAAGAAUUACAUAAUAGUUGAUCACAAUAAGAGCAUUUGUUACAUGUAGUUGGAUUUAUUACUUUGCUGCAUUCACACAGAUCAUAUUUUGGUUGAAUAUCCUUAAAAGAAACAUUUAAAAAAAUGUUAUAACAUUAUAAAGUGUUCAUGUAAAAAUACAGUUUUAGAAUAGAAACCAAGAAAAACACUUACCUGUAUGGCUUUAUCUACUCCUAAUAGUUGUAAUUUACUAUUUAAUACCAUUUGCUUAGAAUUAUGUUCAUGUUUGGAUUUGCAAGAGGAAAGUACUUGUGGUGAUAGUAGAUCAAUGGAAUCUAUCUCUGUGGAAUUGUUGAGUCUCUGUGAUAAUGUUUUGACACCUUCUUUUAAUAAAUUUAGAGUUUUUCCUACAAGAAUUGGAAACAAGAGAAA